AUGGGACACCUAACACUGCCCGCAUCGAAACGAAACCCACGCCACUGGAAACUACUUGAUUUAGUAACGGCAACAUUCUUCGGUUUAGUCUUCCUUUUCUUCCUUCUAGUCUUCACUCCACUCGGCGACUCGCUUGCCGCUUCAGGCCGCCAAGCACUUCUUCGCUCCACCUCUGAUCCAAGCCAACGCCACCGUCUUGUCGCUUUAAUUGAGGCGGGGCAGAAUGCGCAGCCGAUUGAAGCUUGUCCUGCGGAUGCAGUGGAUCACAUGCCUUGUGAAGAUCCUAGGAGGAAUAGUCAGCUGAGUAGAGAAAUGAACUUUUACAGAGAACGUCAUUGUCCUCUCGCGGAGGAUACUCAUCUUUGUUUGAUCCCACCGCCUGACGGUUAUAAGAUUUCUGUUCACUGGCCUGAGAGUUUGCAUAAGAUAUGGCAUGCGAAUAUGCCGCAUAAUAAAAUUGCCGAUAGGAAAGGUCAUCAAGGAUGGAUGAAAAGGGAAGGAGAGCACUUUAUUUUCCCUGGUGGUGGAACAAUGUUUCCGGAGGGUGCUGUACAGUAUAUUGAGAAGCUUGGGCAGUAUAUUCCUAUCAAUGGUCGGGUUUUGAGGACUGCUCUUGAUAUGGGAUGUGGGGUUGCUAGUUGGGGAGGAUAUUUGCUGAACGAAGGGAUUUUGACCCUCUCAUUUGCUCCAAGAGAUUCGCACAAAUCACAGAUACAGUUUGCAUUGGAGAGAGGGAUUCCGGCUUUUGUUGCUAUGCUGGGCACUCGCAGACUCCCGUUUCCUGCAUUUUCAUUUGACUUGGUGCAUUGCUCCCGAUGUUUGAUCCCUUUUACAGCCUAUAAUGCAUCUUAUUUUAUUGAAGUAAAUCGGUUACUUCGUCCUGGAGGAUAUCUUGUCAUUUCUGGUCCUCCUGUACAGUGGGCUAAACAAGACAAGGAAUGGGCUGAUCUCCAGGCCGUGGCAAGAGCGUUGUGUUAUGAGCUGAUUGCUGUGGAUGGAAACACUGUCAUAUGGAAAAAGCCCACUGGGGAUUCAUGCUUGCCCAACCAAAAUGAAUUUGGUCUUGAAUUGUGUGAUGAAUCAGAUGACCCAAGUGAUGCGUGGUACUUCAAGUUAAAGAAAUGUGUGAGUAGGACGUCUGCUGUGAUGGGGGAUUAUGCUGUUGGGACAAUUCCUAAGUGGCCCGAUAGGCUAACAAAAGCUCCUUCCAGGGCUGUGCACAUGAAAAAUGGGAUAGAUUUGAACCCCAGCCAUACGCAAUGUCAUGGAUGUGAAUGCAUUUUUGGGAGUUUUGCAGCAGCACUCACAUCAGAUCCUGUGUGGGUGAUGAAUGUCGUUCCUGCUCGCAAACCAUCUACGCUUGGUGUAAUAUACGACCGAGGCCUUAUUGGAGUCUAUCAUGAUUGGUGUGAACCGUUCUCAACAUAUCCUCGUUCUUAUGAUCUCAUCCAUGUAGCAGGCAUUGAAUCACUACUAAAAACGCCUGGUUCAAGCAAGAACAGGCAAGGAGGUCUUGUUAUGCUUUAUUGCCUGAUGUUUGUGUUAUGUGCUUUAAAGUGGCAAUACCCUCAACUUUAUUGCAUUGACCAGUGGCAUGGGACUUUUGGAAUGGGCUGUCAAGUGUUUUUGGGUGUCAAGCAGAAUGGAGGAUCAUCUGCUCACACGUGCAACCUUGUGGAUUUAAUGGUGGAGAUGGACAGAAUAUUACGUCCAGAAGGAACAGUGAUUAUACGAGAUUCUCCAGAAGUUGUUGAUAAAGUGGCUCGUGUCGCUAAUGCUGUAAGAUGGUCGGCUACCAUUCAUGAGAAAGAACCAGAGUCAAAUGGAAGAGAAAAGAUUCUGGUUGCAACCAAAACCUUUUGGAAGCUGCCUUCGGCGUCCCAUUGA